AUGGCAGCUGUAAGAUCGUGUCCAGGACUGUAUUGUGGUCGUAUUGAACUCGAAGAUGGGUCGUGGAGUGACUGUGGGGCGUGUCCGCGAGGUUUCAGGACAAACGCAUCAAGUUACUGCAUGCCGUGCGUUGAUGAACCCUCUCUAUAUGACUGGCAGUACCUUGGCUUUAUGGUCCUCCUGCCCAUGGUUUUGCAUUGGUUUUUCAUUGACAUGGUCACCAGGGGUAAAGCCGAGAAUGGUGUUAUCAUACAACACAUGUGUGCCUUUUUGGAGGUCAUAUCAGGAACACUUGCCGCAUUGUUAGUGCUGCCUCCACCUGGGUCAGUCUCACUAUAUAUGUGUUCACCAAAAGCACUUUCGGAUUGGUAUACACUGUUGCAUAAUCCACAGCCAGAUUAUAAAGAGAUGUUGCAUUGUACUCAGGAAGCAGUGUAUCCUUUAUACACAAUAGUUUUUCUGAUUUAUGCAUUCAGCUUAUUAAUGACCAUAACAUUAAGACCAUGGUUACUGGCCUGGAAUGCACCCAAUUCUGGUAAAAAGGCAAUAUAUUGUGCUUUAUAUUUUCAUCCUAUACUUGUAUUGAUCCAUACUGUUGCUGCUGGUUUAAUUUAUUGCUCAUUCCCCUACAUAGUAAUAAUAAUAUCAAUGAUGACAUCAGCAUCGCAUUUCUCAAUUAAAUCAGAACAGUCUGCGCCAGCACUAUUGAUUUCUUCUAUCACUAAUACACGGAAUUUAAUUAUUCUCUUUGGACACUGGUUGGUCCAUGCAUAUGGCAUAUUAUCACUAACGGGUUUUAAAGAAUUAUGGUAUUUGUCGUUAGUGCCCGCUCCGGCUAUGUUUUAUAUUGUGACGGCACAAUUCACAGAUCCCUUGAAGAUACAUGGUGAUUGAUUGAUAAAAGUUAAAUCUGAUUUCAUCAGAACGACUUUGUGAUAGCACUAUGCAUUCUUGAAGACAACGAGUAACAGGUGCACAUUUCUGAAAUCCUGUUCAUUGUUUGUGUUAAUGAAAAGUAUUAACAUCAUCGUUACAUUAGUGCUUUGAACUCCAAGUCCAAGCUAGGAUUUUGUUGACUGAUGGGAAAAUUACAAGAUAAUAACUAUAAUGAAUAAUUUGCAAAGUUGUUAAUUUACCUGAAAUGGGUGAAUGGAUUAAUGUUUAAAAUUAUUACAGCCAUCCGUCGAUAUUAUAUUGUCAUCUUAAUGAAUUUAUUGGGGACAGGGAAAGAUUUCUUUAGUGAGUUUGCUCUCAUUAAUAUUAGGAUAAUUGUGUUGAAUGUUAAAGUACAUUUUUAGUGAAAUAAUAAUUUAUAAAUUAAGUUGAAUUUUAUUCGCUUUUGUUGGUAUGAUUUAAUCUUGUACUAAAUGAUAUAUUAUGUUUGCUUGUUGGAUUUAUUUUUAUUUGCCACACUACAAAUAUUUAGAAUUUGCAAGAAAUGAGUGUGCUCUGUUAGCGAAGCUAAGAGGUCGGAUUGCAGAAAAUGAAAGCUUAACAAUAACAUUGUUGAGUCUUAUCACCUCUUCGGGUUAUCUUCAUUCAAUCAAUCAGAUGUACUCAACAUUGUAAAUAAAUUAUUUUCAUACAAAGUUACUAUUUAUUUUCAUCACCGUUAAUAAAAUUCAGUUGAUAAGAUUUAUUGGUCUAUCGUGACUAAGCAUCCUUGACUUUCUUUCUAUCUCAGAAGGUCCGUUG